AUGGCGGCGUCCGCCGGCAGCGGCGAGGUUCGGCGGCGCAACGGUUGCUGCGGUGGCGGCGGGGGAGGAUCGCUGUUCCCGGAGGAGUCGUUCCGCAGCUGGUCGGCGUACGGUCGGGCGCUGCUGGAGACGGGCCCGCGGCUGCGGGACCGGGUGACGGCGCGGUCGCUGGACUCGGCGGAGGUGAACGAGGUGCGCGGCCGGAGCGGCGCCGACAUGAAGCGCACGCUCACGUGGUGGGACCUCAUCUGGUUCGGCAUCGGCGCCGUCAUUGGCUCCGGGAUCUUCGUGCUCACGGGCCAGGAGGCCAAGGAGGCCGCCGGACCCGCCGUCGUCGUCUCCUACGCCGUCUCCGGCGUCUCCGCCAUGCUCUCCGUCUUCUGCUACACAGAGUUCGCCGUCGAGAUCCCCGUCGCAGGCGGUUCGUUCGCCUACCUCCGCGUGGAGCUUGGCGACUUCAUGGCGUUCAUCGCCGCCGGCAACAUCCUCCUCGAGUAUUGCAUCGGCGGCGCGGCGGUGGCGCGGUCGUGGACGUCCUACUUCGCCACGCUGCUCAACCACCACCCCAACGACUUCCGCAUCCACGCGACCUCCCUCGCCGAUGACUACUCGCGGCUCGACCCCAUCGCCGUCGCCGUCGUCCUGCUCAUCUGCCUCUUCGCCGUGCUCAGCACCAAGGGCUCCUCCCGCUUCAACUACAUCCUCUCCAUCGUCCACCUCGCCGUCAUCGCCUUCAUCGUCGUGGCCGGGCUCACGCGCGCCAAGGCAUCCAACCUCACCGCCGACUUCGCGCCGUUCGGAGCCCGCGGCGUGUUCGCGGCGUCCGCCGUGCUCUUCUUCGCCUACAUCGGCUUCGACGCCGUCUCCACCAUGGCGGAGGAGACCCGGAACCCGGCAAGGGACAUCCCAAUCGGGCUCGUCGGCGCCAUGACGCUCACCACCGUCGUCUACUGCGUGCUCGCGCUCGUGCUCUGCCUGAUGCAGCCGUACGCCGAGCUCGACCCCGACGCGCCCUUCAGCGUCGCCUUCACCGCCGCCGGCAUGGACUGGGCCAAGUACAUCGUCGCCUUCGGCGCGCUCAAGGGCAUGACCACCGUGCUCCUCGUCAGCGCCGUCGGGCAGGCCAGAUACCUCACCCACAUCGCGCGGACGCACAUGGUGCCGCCGUGCCUCGCGGCGGUGCACCCCAGGUUCGGCACCCCGGUGAACGCCACCGUCGUCAUGGCCAUCGCCACCGCCGUGAUCGCGCUCUUCACCGACCUCGGCAUCCUCUCCAACCUCCUCUCCAUCUCCACGCUCUUCAUCUUCAUGCUCGUCGCCGUCGCCCUCCUCGUCCGCCGCUACUACGUCGCCGGCGAGACUUCCACCGCCGACCGGAACAAGCUCGCGGCGUGCCUGGCCGUGAUGCUCGCCUCGUCGGUGGCCACCGCGGUGUGCUGGGGGAUGGCGGCGAGUGGGUGGGUCCCGUACGCGGUGACGGGCGCCGCGUGGCUCGCCGCGACGGCGUUCCUGCAGGUCGGCGUGCCCAUGGCGCGGACGCCGAGGACGUGGGGGGUGCCGCUGGUGCCAUGGCUGCCGGCGGCGUCCAUCCUGAUCAACAUCUUCCUGCUUGGGUCCAUCGACGCCGCGUCGUUCGUGCGGUUCGGGGUGUGGACGGCGGCGCUGCUCGCCUACUACUUCCUCUUCGGGCUGCACGCGUCCUACGACACGGCCAAGGCGCUCGCCGGCGAGGCCGACGCCGCCCGGGUGGAGGAAGGCGCGGGCAAGGCGGUCGACGACGGCGGCAACUGA